AUGAGCGGGCGAAGCACUUCGUCCCGCCGCGAUAGCGGGUCGGAGUCCGAGUCUGAGAUCAGCAUCGCUCCCAGCAGCAUCGACAGCAUCAGCGGGCUACGCAGGAGCAAACCGCGGCACGUCAUCUACGAGGACAGCGAGGCCGGCGACGGCGACAGUCGGGACAGCGAGCUCGACCUCAGUCUCUAUGACACGGACGAGAUCCAGGACUCGGAGCGCCCCAGCUACCGCAUCUCGUUUGGGUCCAUCUUGUCGGGUUCGCCCAUCCCAUACGAAGAGGACGUGGACGAAGAGAUCACAACCCCGGCGCCGCGCAACCGAGCGGACUUUGACAGCUUUGUGAGCGUUGACACGACAGCGGGCCUUGCGCCUCGAGGCCCACCGCUGCAUCUCCAGCAGCUCCAGCAGCAAAACCAGAGGCUUCAGAACCUCCAGCGCCAGCAGCACGAGCAGAUCCAGGAACAGCAACAGCGCUUCCCUGACGCCUAUGAGGCUGCAAGCAUUUCAGCCACUUCAUUCUACCAGUAUCUUCGAGACACCUUUGGUACCUUCGGUGGCGAGACAGACUCGUCUCGAGGCGCAGCAUUCAACCUCAACACUUCGUAUGGACGGACCUCUAAAGCUCCCGCGGGUUCCGAGGCAAACGUGCGAACGAAUUUCAGCAGCGCUUCGUCGCGGGAGGCACCACUGGGGACGCCCAACGACUCUUAUGAUGUACUUGGCACGCCGCCCGGUGAACCACCGGCUUUGCGGCCUUCACGCCCACCUUCGUCGGAGCAGUCCAGAGACUCGUUUCCGUUCGAUGAGAUCCACUCCCAAGCGCUGCAGCACCUCCCUCGAUCCAUGAACUCGUUCAUGUUGGCUUUGCUCAUGGCCGUCGGGUUCGGCGUCGGCUUUGCGGCGCUUUCAGCAGACCCACCCGAGGCGUACGGGUACUGGCUCAACGAAAUUGGCACGCUCUACGUUCGACUCGUCAACUGCGCUGUUGUGCCCAUGGGAAUAUGCCAAGUCAUCUUCUCCGUGUCCACGCUGACUGCGCGUGGAGCGCUCUGGCGACUUUGGCUUAAAACGUUGGCCUUCUACGUAGUGCUGUGCCUGUUUUCAACCAUGGUAGCCAUCGUGAUCGCCGGUGCUUUCCGCCACUCGCUCAAGCAGACCGACGAGCUCAUCUUCGAGGCGUCGGACACCCGCUUCGGGUUCCAAUGCAGCAACUCCAAGUAUCUUGGGCUCAACGGCACGUCACUCGCCUGUGCCUCGGAUACGUUUAACGAUGCAAACAGCACAGCCGCCGUCUUUCCGAGCUUCGUGGACGUGAACUCCGUCUUGGGGCUGCCGGAGACCAUCACGAAGCUGUCCUUGACACAACACAUCUACCUAUUGGCGGAGCGGUACGUUCCAAACAAUGCGGUGCAGGCGGUUAGUGCCGACUACUACAUCAGCUCAAUGGCGAUAGCCACUGUCUUGGGUGUGGCCGUCACGCGCAGCUUCCGCGGUGGAGGAGUUGGUCGCGAUCGCGGCGAUGCCAGACGCAACCCGCUGCUCAGACUCUUCGUGCACAUGUACGCCGCGCUCUUCACGAUUUUGGAUUGGCUGCAGUCGCUGGCGCUCGUGGCCAUCCUGCCACUCACUAUCGGGUCGGUGCUUAUUGAUCCGGCCAACUCGAGGCUCGCGUCGUUUGCAGGGAGGUGGUGUCUUACGAGCGUGUUCGUGUGCGCCAUCCAAUGCCUCGUGCUCUGUCCGAUCCUGUUCUACAUGGUAACUCGCCGCCAUCCGUUCGGCUGGAUGCUCAAGAUGAUGCCGCCUCUGCUUUACAGCGUGCUGCUGCAGUCUCCUCUGCUGCCGCUGGCAAUCGCCACCAAGAGCGUGCUGCGUUCACGAGAAGUUCCGCCUGCCGUCUUCGGCGCGCUGUUCCCUGUACUGGCUGCGUGCAAUCGUCUCGCACAGGGUAUCGUCUUGCCGGUGGUUCUCAUGUGGACGGUGAGCUACGGAGAGUGUGCGCUUCCGCUCAACUUCAGCAACAGCGCGCGGGUCUUUGGCUACUCGUUGAUCGCUAGUCUUGGAGACACGGCAGUGCCCCAGUCGACUGUUGUUUUCUUCUUUACGGUGUGGCAGGGAUUCUGCGGCGUUAGCGACCUGCCACCCACGCCCAUCGAGCUCGGAGGCAUCAUGCUGCUGAUCACCAGACUGCAGGCCCUCACCAACACGGCAACCAACCUCAUGCUGGUACGCAUGGCCGCCAGCACCGACGAGGGGCGCAUGUACGCACACCAUUUCGCGAUGUAG